AUGCACGCUGUUAAUGACCCUAAGAUUGAGGCUUUGAAACAAUUAUUAUCUGCUGGUGCUGACCCUAACAUAACCAGAAACAAAACUCAGUACAUCACCGCAUUGACCAUUGCUGUUACCAAAGGAAGAUCUGGGCACUUGAAAGAACUCAUUAGAGCUGGAGCUUUCCUUACAUGUGAGCGAGGGUUGUUUGUUCUACAGAUGGCGAAAGUAAGCAACCUGUUGGAUGAUGUAUUGAUUGGGGAUGAAGCCAUGAAAACGAGACCAAAUUUUUCUAAAGAAAAAAACGCGUUUCAUGUGGCGUAUAAUAACGACUGUAUCGAUGUGCUCCUAGAUUUGAUAAACUACGGUGUCACCACUAGUAUAACAUCAAUAGAUCUAUCAGAUUUAGCUAGAACUGAUCUAUUCAAUGCCUUAAUGAACUCGGCUAAAACAGAUAUAGACGAACAAGACGACAAAGGGCAGACUACACUUAUGCGCGCCGUACAACACAACAAAACUCAAAUCGUCAAAUCGUUAAUCCAAAAAGGUGCGUGUCUUGACGUUGUCAAUUUGGAAGGAGAAACGGCGCUACAUAUUGCUUGUAGAGGUCAAGUUGAUAUGGUCAAAAUACUUUUAGACGCUGGAGCUAAAACGGAAGUACACAACAAAAAUAAUUUGACGCCAUUAGCGAUAGCGACGCGUAGUUCUAACAUAGAAAUUAUGACAAUUUUACUAGCAGCUGGGGCUGAUAUUAACUGUAGAUGCACUAAAGGUGAAACCUUGCUAAUGAUGGCCAUUCGUGAUUACGGGGAGGGAAUAUUUGAAUUUUUAUUGAAAAGUCAAAUAAACAUAGACGCCGUUGAUGAAGAUCUGAAUACAGCACUUCACAUCGCGUGUUAUUUUAGAAGUUUUUAUGUUUACACGCUCAUACAAGCUGGAGCCAAACUUGAUGUUUACAACGCUAAAAGCAAGACGCCAUUUUGUUUAGCGUUUGAACAAGGAGAUGAAUCUACGAUGAAACUACUAGCCCAAGCAGGUGCCGAUGUAAACUGUCAGGAUGAGAAUCAACGAACACCUCUUGUAAACGCAGUCAUAAGCACUGACGUAUACAUGACAGAAUUUUUGCUGGAUCUGGGUGCUGAUGUUAACUAUGUAGAUAAUCAAGGCAAAUCUGCACUUAUAUGGGCGGUUAAAAAUAAAAGUGAAAAUUGUAUUGAAACCCUGCUGCGUUUCAAGUCUGAUGUAAAUUGUGUUGACUACAAAAAUCGAUCCGCUUUAUUUUACGCUGCUGGUACAUGUAGCAAGAAAAUAAUCACUGAUUUAAUUAAAGCAGGUGCCCUUGUUAACUUGACAGCAAAACAUUCUUUAAAAUUAUCAGAACUGGAUAGUAGAUUUGAUGUUUUAAAGGAUGUACAAGAGUAUGAAGUUCGUCCCUCGGAAGAAAGAGUCUCUGUUCUACAUUUUGCUGUGUCAAAUCAUUCCGCUGAAGCUGUAAAUAUACUAUUAGCUGCUGGAGCAGAUGUCAAUGCUGUUGAUGAACAUGGUAGAACCCCGAUACAUAUCGCAGCUGCUAGAGGAAGUUUGGAGAUUGUGAAAUAUCUACGUCUGUUUGGUGCUGGCAAAGAUUCAGAGCUGGUGGCUGCUCUUCGAAACCAAAAUAUAGAUUUGGUCAACAUUUUGUUAGUUAAAGGCGCUGAUGUUAAUGCGAAGGACAAGAAUCAAACGCCAUCUUUAAUUUUAGCUCUGAGGAGCUGUCUCAAUUCCAACAUGCUUUCAGGGAUAUCAGAACAAAAUAUCUUGGAAAGCCAGAAAGAUGAUCACUCAAUGGAAAAUAUACAAACGGCAUUGAAAUGUACUGAAGAUGUGAGUGAAUACACGCGGUAUGGUCGACCUACAAGUAAGGAUUUACUUGAUGAAGAACAAGUGACAAAAUCAAAAGCGUUAACAAUGUCACUAGUUAGUCACGGUGCCAGUGUUUCUGACAGAGAUAAUGAAGGCAACACUUGUGUUCACGUGGCCGCCAGGUACUGUGGUAAAGAAGUGUUGGAGAUGUUGAUCGACCUUAAAGCUGAUGUCGAUGUCCAGAAUAAUAAUGGUGAGACGCUGUUAAUGACAGCUUGUCGGUAUGGUAAUGUUGAGGGGGUACAUUUUCUGUUGACGUUAGGAGCUGAUGUAAUGUUGGUGGAUCAAAACAAAGACACAGCACUUCAUCAUUUGGUCCGGUUUGAGAAAGAGGAAGUAACCGGCGUUGAAAUUCUACUAAAAUUUGCUAAUCAAACAUCUAAACUAAACCAAUAUGAAGUCGAUACUACUGAAAUGAGCUUAAAUCAAUUGACUGUGGCCAAAAAUAGAUAUGACGAGACCGCGUUGUCAAUAGCUUGUAGAAAUGGUCACAUAAAAACUGUUCAAAUUUUGUUACUAGAACAAUUCAAUCUUAACGAAAUUAAUUACUUUGGCGAGACACCUUUAAUUAAUUCAAUUAAACAUAAACACGAGAGUAUAGCAAAAUUACUACUUGACCUUAAAGCUAACUUACAUGUUCAGGAUAAAAAUGGUGAAACGGCAUUACACAUUGCAGUCAAACAUUGCAUGGAGGAAACAGUUCAACACCUCAUACAAAACGGAGCGGAUGUGAAUGUCACUAACAAUAACAGGGACACCCCCAUUCACUUUGCCUCCACUGUUACGAUCGCUAAGUGUUUGCUUGAUGCUAAAUCUGAUUUAAAUAUUCAAAAUCAAAUAGGUCUAACGGCAUUGCUUAGCUCCAUUAAACGUAACGAUGAUUUUGUUGCAAGUUUGUUAAUAGAAAAUGGAGCAGGCUUGAAUUUUGCUACCAGCACUGGAGAAACAGCUUUAAUGUAUGCUGCUGACAUUCAGAACUUUACUUUGAUUCAGCUUUUAGUUGAGGGUGGAGCUAAUGUAAACAUUCAGGACAGCGAAGGACGAACGCCUUUAAUGCACGUUGUCUUGAGUAAGAUUCCAAGCUAUACAAGUUGUGGGCUUAUGGGUACUGAAGCAAUAUGUGAGUACCUACACUCUAAAGGAGCUGACCUUAACAAAACUAACAACAGAGGUGAAACUGUCUGUAUGAUGGCUGUUCAAGAGGGUCGCUCCCCAGUUUUUGAGAAACUCGCUUUGUUAGGAGCGGAUUUAAACAUUCUAGACAAGGAAAACAAAUCUGUUUUGGUUCAUUCUUUGUUACGAUCCCAAGGAUUAACAAGCAAAAAAUCCUUGAACAAAUUACUGCAACUCGGUAUUAGCCCUAUCGUCAUCGACAGCUACAGAUAUUUAGUUAAAGAUCUUUAUUUUAAAUUCUCUUUCGGUGUUAAAAUGCAGACUUUCCAUAAGAUAAUUGCCAACAAUCACCUACAUCUAUUCCAGCUUUUCCUCGCUAACGGUUUUAUUUUUCGUCAUUACGUCAGCACGUUCAAGAGCAGGGGGAACUACUGCGAUUUUUCUAGCCUCUGUUGUGUACUUUCUCAUGAGUUACCGCACAUUGCUAAAUACUUUUUUGCUACAGGAUUUAUAUUUAACACUGAUAUUCAAUCGAUACGACAAAUUAAAAAAACUUCAAGAUUAACUUAUCAGCGAAAUUUGUUUGGUUUUCAUAACCGCACUCGAGAGAAACAAGACUAUAGCAGGCCAUUGCCGAAAUUACCUGCUGAAUUACAAUCAGCUUUGAAUGAACCCUGGCCACUGGUCAAACUAGCUUUUAUUGAAGUCUCCACCUUACUUGGGACUGGACCAAUGAGACAUAAAAAAUUGAAGAAGACCAAACUCCCACCAAGAUUACAGCGAACGUUGAUGUUUCAAGAACCAAUAUCAAGAUUACCUGUAGAAGACUGGUCUAAAAUACCUCUUUGUUUUGACCCAGUACAGUACGAGACUUUACCCUGUCCUAGACCUUUACUCUACUACUGGCCUGUUGGGCAUAGGCUUGUUAACUGACAUUUUAAAAAUUACUACACAAUAAUUUAAUAGGGAGACAUGACAUUUAGAAAUCACUAUUAAUCUCAGUCCAAAUGAACUUACGUUUUAUGAUUAA